GGGAGGGUAGGGCCGCACUUUACGUGGGCCUGCGUUGGUUGGACGGGAGGUGGGAGGUCUAGGGCUCUGCCUAGGCCGGGUUGAACUGAACCGUGCCGCUUCGGAGUGCAGGAGGCAGAAGGGGCGGGGUAGGGGGGUGGGGUGAGGAGGAACAGCAUGGCGGCGGAGCGCGAGCCACCCAACGCUCAGCUGCGCCGCCGUCGCCGCCACCGGAGUGUCCGGGAACUAGUGGCCUUCGUGUGUCAGUAGCCAGCCUGCAUUCCCCCCUCCCACCCCGGCCGUCUUGUCUGCUGCAGCAGUCGCUACCUGCCUGAGGGUUACGGGCUGGACAGCCGGGUGGCCCUCCGGACCACACCAGCCAGCUGGCCGGGGCAAUGGAGGACGUGAAGUUGGAGUUUCCCACCCUACCGCAGUCCAAAGAAGAUGCCGAGGAUUGGACCUAUCCCAUGAGGCGAGAGAUGCAGGAAAUUUUACCUGGAUUGUUUUUGGGCCCAUAUUCUUCAGCUAUGAAGAGCAAGCUACCUAUACUACAGAAACAUGGAAUAACCCAUGUAAUAUGUAUAAGACAGAACAUUGAAGCAAACUUUAUUAAACCAAACUUUCAACAAUUAUUUAGGUAUUUGGUACUAGAUAUUGCAGAUAAUCCAGUUGAAAAUAUAAUACGUUUUUUCCCAAUGACUAAAGAAUUUAUUGAUGGAAGUUUACAAACAGGAGGAAAAGUUCUUGUCCAUGGAAAUGCUGGAAUUUCCAGAAGUGCUGCCUUAGUUAUUGCAUACAUUAUGGAAACAUUUGGAGUGAAAUACAGGGAGGCAUUUACAUAUGUUCAAGAAAGAAGGUUCUGUAUUAAUCCUAAUGCUGGAUUUGUCCAUCAGCUUCAGGAAUAUGAAGCCAUUUAUCUAGCAAAAUUAACAAUACAGAUGAUGUCACCACUGCAACUGGAAAGAUCAUUAUCUGUUCAGUCUGGUACUACAGGCAGCUUGAAACGUACACAUGAAGAGGAGGAGGAAUUUGGAAAUAUGCAAGUUGCUGCUGCUCAGAAUGGAUGAUGGUGCCUCAGACCAACAUUAUAUAGUGUUUGAAUUCCUGUAUGUGAAGGGGAAAGUACAUUAAUAAUGUAAAAUGAGAAAAACACAAGUAGCUUCUUUUCAAUUACAUGUUGCUUCCAAAUGUCUUUCUCUGCAACUUGCUAAGCAACAUUUUAAGAAAAUGAUGGACUUCUUGAAUAGAUGGCACUGAUUGUUUUCUUUUUUUUUUUUUUUACACUUUACAGUUUUAUUAUAAAACAAGAUUUUUGGACUUGCAAAGAAGUAUUAUUGCAAUAAUGCACUUUUCAUACUUGAAAAUGUCUUUAUUUGUAUGAUAUAAAGUUAUUACUUUAAAACAAAAUGCAAGUUGGGGAGACUUGUUUAUAAAAAUUAUUUGUAAUUUAUAACAAUUUACUAAAGAAAAGUUUGUUAAUUCAUUUUGUGUUUAUACAUUUUUAAAAUAAUUUUGCAAUUCAGUUUUAUGGUAGAACUUCUUACAGAAAUAUUAAUGCAAGAAUCUGCCACAUUUUGAGUAAAAGUUUAUGUACCUUGAUCACCUCUUCAUGUUUGGAAACUUUCCUUGGACUUCUGCAAUAUACUUCAAAUCAUGUCAUUGGUUCAGCUUCCCUCAUCGCUGCAUUGGCUAAUCUAAUCUAUAUAAAACAUUUUUUGAAAAGAGGAAAAUACCUCCUUUUGCCAAGUCUGUAGCACUGGUGUUUUUGAAAAAAAGAUUGAGUUAGACGUUUCAAGUGAAUUUUCCUUUUUGGGUUUUCUUUUGGUGAAAGCCAGACGUAUCUGUGUUCUUUGGAAAAGCGUCUAGUCUUUUUCUUUCGUCCAGAACUAUUCCAAAUACAGGUUAUGACAUGUACACUAAUAUACUGGGUUUUUUUUUUAAUUCUAAGAAAUAUAAAAGUGCCUUCUAUUAUUUCUAAAAUUAGCUUUAUUGUGGCCUACAAAUUGGAUAGCACUUCAGAGCAGUGAAAAUGUUUGCAAAAAUUUUUAUUAUUUUUAGAUAUCUUAAGUUUUUAAACUGGAAGUAUAAAGCUUAUGGUAAAAAUUUGAGCAAAUUGUUUUGGACCACAUUCUUCCCAACCCAUUUUGUGCUAUCUUUUUGAGUAUAAGAUUCUCAGAUUGAAGCUUCUCUUUGCAGUGACCUUUGGAAUGGUUUCUGGAUCAAUUAAGUCUUUUAGACAAGCACAUUUUAUGGGUCUUUGGUUUUAAUAUUUGAACUUGCAAACAUAAAAGGUUAUAAGAUAGCAUGUAUGGCUUUUCCAGAACGUUGAAACAGAAGUGAAAUUUCUUUUCACCUUUUUAUUUUUGUUGGAUAGCAAAAACAAAACUUAACCCACUCUUCGCUUCUCUCAGUAUUUAUGUUUGAGUGCUUAAUGAAUUUUCUCUGGUAGGUACCUAUUAUGCCUUGUUAUUUUGGACUCUCCUUUUGUUUCUGUCCCAUCCUUCUCCCCACCCUCUCUAAACUCCGUGAAUAAUGCCAGUAAAAACAUACAUUAUUAAAACAUACAACAUUUUGGGAGAAUAGUUUUACUUAAUAUUUCAGCUUGACUAAGAUAUUUUAUGUUGUCCCACUUGGUUGGUAUGUUUUUGGCUUCCUAUGAAUGAAUGAAAGUGUGAAUCAGUUUGUGAAUGUCAUAUGCACUAUAUAGUCUUUUAAAUACCUAAAAUCAUCAUUGAAAAAGGCAUAACUCUUACAAAACCACAUAGUAAUCUAGCGUGUUCAAUUCUUACUACUUCUAUUUUGAAGCAUUAGUGCUAAUUAUUACAUUUAGUUUUUCCUUGGAGACUUAACCAAAAUCCAGUUGGUUAUGUCAGGUAACAAUUUUUGCUUUAAGUGGAUCACUACAGCAUUAAUAAAUGUCAUUUAGCCCUUAUUGUUAGUUAUAUUCUCAGUACUUGAUACUGCAGCUUCAUUCUGUAGUCAUUUUGCACUUAAAAUAAUUUUUAAAAAUACUUCGUGUAGGCCCAAAAGUUCAGACUUCUCUAUCAAAAUUUUGUCUUUCCUUUUAUUAGUUUAUUAUUACUAUAUUAUUUAUUAAACUGCUUUCCAGUAGUUUAGAGAAAUGCAUAUUUAAAUGUACCCAUUAAUAUUUGUUUAGGUAUUUUUAUCCUGUUUGGUUUUCUUGCUGUUUUAUUACAUGCUAUCACUGAAGUGCCUUUGUAGCACUCUUAAGUUAAAGUGUCUCACAGACUUGUCAUUGUCUUGAGAGUGAAAUUAACGCCUACAGGAAAACUUCAUUCUGGUACUGAUUUUCUAAGUUUCAUCUUCCUGUUGAAUGUUGUUUAACUUUUUGUUUCCUUCCCUCACGGAAUAUUUUCCAUUCAUUUUUCCAACUUUAGUUUGUGAUUCCUUUGUUCUCAUUGAUAUUUAAUGAUCGAAAUUUUUCAUCUGAAUUGGAUGCAAGAAAAUAACUAGGCCUAUGGCACUGAGAACUAAUCCAUUAUAAUUUUUUUUGUUGAAUACAUAUGGCCCUUUCUUUAGGGUUUUCAGCCCAUGUGACUUAAUGCCCCAUCUAGGACAUAUGUAGGCACAAGUGAAGUUAAAGUAAAAUUACAUCACAGGCACAUAUGCACACAGCAGCAUGAAAAUCUACUUUACUAUUCUUAUUGCAGAAGAAAGUAACAUUUUACCAGUGAUUUGUGUUUCAAAUGUUGGAAUCAAAAUUUUUUCUUGCUUUCUAAUAGGUCAUUUUGUUCAUGGUACUUUCUCUAGUCUAGAAAAAGUUGAGGCAGUAUUUUCUGUUUACUGGUUACUUCUAUAAGGUGAGAAAUUUAAUGGAGAGCUUUUGCUAAUAUCUCACCACUAAUUAACUUCUGAAGCAGAAUGUUAGUUUUUUUUUAAUCUUAUCCUUCAGGAGAACCAAGAGUUUAUUGUCUAAAAAUGUUAAAUAUUUCCUUCCCCUUAAAGGUCUUUAACUUUUUAUUCAUAAUGAUUCAACUGAGUUAAAUCUGAAACACUUCGCUAAUAUGUUGGGUUGGAAAGCUGGGAUAUACAUAUCAGGACCUCAAUUUAUUGUACAGUAAAUGUCUACAACCAACUGCAUAAUUUUACAACGGUGACCAGUCUAAGUUAUUACAUACUAAUACAAAAUUUAUUAGUGUUCAUCUGGAUCAUUGUGCUUUCAGAAAUGGUUGGUAACUGAAACUCCUAAAAGGAAAGUUUUCACUUGGUUACAAAAAAAAAAUUUCCAGGACUCUUAGAUUUCAAUGAUUUUUGAAUGCUGGAGUUUCUUUUUACCCCUUCAUGGCAGCUAAAAAUCACUUAAAAUAUUCAGGUUUACAUGCUAGCUUCCUCCUAUAGGGAGAUGUCAUACCUCACAGUUCAAGGUGCAUCCUGAAUUGCUAACAUUUUACUGACAUGUAGUUGUAAUUUACUAUGCAGCAAAAUUCAGAAAGUACAGCUUGUCUUUGUAAUGUGUUUAAAUUUAUUCUGCUUUUAACAAAAUGUAUCUUGGACAAAAUAUUGAGUGUAUAGGAAUGCCAUAGUGCAAGAGGCUACUAGUCCUCAUACAAAAUACUAAAAAUUUAUUUUGUGAAACUAUUAAACUCAGUACAAAAUA